GUGAUGAAUGUCGUCAGCCACUCAAUCGCCAACAUCUUCAAGAGGCUUCUCGUGGUGCUUCUGCUGUCUGCUCUAGGAACUCGAGAGCUGUCAGCGAGCAACUUCCUGGGGCUAGGUAUAGCACUGGCUGGGCUUCUUGUGUACACACACGGGAAGAUCGGCGCAGACCAACAGUCGUGUAAAUAUGUCAAAGGUAUAAAGGAAACUAAUGAGGACUUGAAGUUUCAGAGUUUAAAAGAGGUCACAGAACUAAAUGGUCGGUUUUCCCAGAUCAUCGAAGCUGAAACUGAUCCGGAAAUGAAGAACUUUCUAUCAAGGCGGCUGGUCGACCAUCCUGAAGACACAGACAAGAGAUCCAAAACGUUGACAACAAACAAGGAAAUCGUAGAGGAAGCGCAGAGGAUUCUGGUUAACCUAAUGGAGGAUCUUUUAGGCAAAGCCAGGCACGUGAUGUUGAUAGAUAUCCCUGUCCAGGAAAACAAGGGCGACCCGGCCAUAGCUGCCGGAGAAGUCUUGCUAUUGGAAAAACUCAAUAAAACUAUUGUUUUCCAUUGCGAGACCCAUUAUUGCGAGACCGCCCCGGCUUUGAAGACAGCAUCAGAAAUUAGCCAGAAAUAUCUUAAGGAUGAUUUGGUUAUCCUCAUGCAUGGAGGUGGUAAUAUUGUUGGGUACGCAUUUGAAGAUCGCAUUCGAAGAAAGUACAUCGAAGCUUUUCCUGAAAGACAGUGCAUACUUUUCUCACAAAGCAUCUGGCUGCACGAGGGUUACUCUAGCAAUUUAGAAUUCGCUCGAGAAACCUAUUCCAAUCGUUCCAAUUUGGUAAUAUUGUUGCGAGAUCAACAGUCUUUAGAAAUAGCCAAGAACAAUUUUAGGGGAAUUAAGCUUAUUCUUGCACCGGAUCUGGCUUUCUGUAUUGGAAUGAUUCCUCGUCAAAUGCCACCGUUGUAUGAUAUCGUAUGGCUACGAAGAGAAGACAGCGAAAAAUCAAGCUUUACUUUUCCUAAGAUUCCUAAAAAUAUUACUUUUGAUGUGGGCGAGUGGUUGAAAUGGCGGACCAAUACAGGAAGGCAAACAAUGGAGACUGUUUUCCUGGUAGCUGCGGAAGGAUUUCAGUUUCUACAGAGAGGUAGAAUUGUGGUCACGGAGCGUCUGCAUGGACAUAUUCUGUCUACGUUGUUGAACAUCCCACACGUGAUCAUAGACAACCCGCCGUAUUUAAAGUUAUCUUCGUUUCACAAAACAUGGACACAGGGUCUCAGCAAUACAGUCUUAGUCUCUAACGGUUCUCUGGCUUUGGACGCGGCCCUGGAGUUACUCAGACGUUACCAAAAUUCUCUUCCUUCUUUGGGAUACAGGGACAUGCUAGCGGUCACCUAA